CUGGUGGAAGCAGAGGGGACAGGCCGGGUGCCUCCGCAGCUCGGCUGUCAGGGCCCGGCGGGGCGUGUGAGGCUGCUGGUGCGCGCCCCCCAGCCCCACGCCUCCCCAUGCAGCCCUGGCAGUGCCUCCGGCGCUUUGCCCUGGCCUGGUGGGAGAGGACGGCGGAGGGCAGAGCCCGCUCUCCCAGGGAGGAGCCUGGACCGAGGGACCCUGGGGGCCGAGGGGAGCCAGAUCCGGAGCGGAGCAGCCCCCCCAUGCUGUCUGCGGACGAUGCCGAGUACCCGCGGGAGUACCGGACCCUGGGGGGCGGGGGCGGCGGGGGCAGCGGGGGCCGGCGCUUCUCCAACGUGGGGCUGGUGCACACGUCCGAGCGGCGGCACACGGUGAUCGCGGCCCAGAGUCUGGAGGCGCUCAGCGGGCUCCAGAAGGCGGACGCCGACCGCAAGCGUGAUGCUUUCAUGGACCACCUGAAGAGCAAAUACCCGCAGCACGCCCUGGCCCUGCGAGGCCAGCAGGACAGGAUGCGAGAGCAGGUUGGCGGCUGGACCGUGGACCCCGUGUGCCUCCUCAGCUCCCUCUGCUCCCACCUCCAUGGCGACUCCGCCCCCUCCGGGUCUGGCCAGCCGGCCCAGCAGCCAAACUACUGGAGUUUCAAGACCCGCAGCUCACGCCACACUCAGGGAGCCCAGCCCGGGCUGGCAGACCAGGCGGCAAAGCUGUCCUACGCCUCGGCCGAGUCGCUGGAGACCAUGUCGGAGGCCGAGCUGCCCCUGGGUUUCAGCAGGAUGAACCGCUUCCGACAGAGCCUGCCUCUUUCCCGCUCCGCCAGCCAGACCAAGCUGCGCUCCCCAGGGGUGCUGUUCCUGCAGUUCGGGGAGGAGACUCGGCGCGUGCACAUCACGCACGAGGUCAGCAGCCUGGACACGCUGCACGCACUCAUCGCGCAUAUGUUCCCGCAGAAGCUCACCAUGGGCAUGCUUAAGUCGCCCAAUACCGCCAUCCUCAUCAAAGACGAGGCUCGCAACGUCUUCUACGAGCUGGAGGACGUCCGGGACAUCCAGGACCGCAGUAUAAUCAAGAUCUAUAGGAAGGAGCCCCUCUACGCUGCCUUCCCUGGCUCACACCUCACCAACGGGGACCUCCGGAGAGAGAUGGUGUACGCGUCGCGGGAGUCGUCGCCCACGCGGCGCCUCAACAAUCUGUCGCCAGCGCCUCACCUGGCGUCAGGCUCGCCGCCGCCCGGGCUGCCGUCGGGGCUGCCAGCCGGGCUGCAGUCCGGCUCGCCGUCGCGCUCGCGUCUCUCGUACGCCGGGGGGCGCCCGCCCUCGUACGCCGGCAGCCCGGUGCACCACGCGGCCGAAAGGCUGGGAGGCGCCCCGCCCGCCCAGGGCGUCAGCCCCAGCCCCAGCGCCAUCCUGGAGCGGCGCGACGUGAAGCCGGACGAGGACCUGGCGGGCAAGGCGGGCGGCAUGGUGCUGGUGAAGGGCGAGGGUCUCUAUGCCGACCCCUACGGGCUACUGCACGAGGGCCGUCUGAGCCUGGCCGCGGCCGCCGGCGACCCGUUUGCCUACCCGGGAGCUGGCGGCCUCUACAAGCGCGGCUCGGUGCGCUCGCUAAGCACCUACUCCGCCGCCGCUCUGCAGUCCGAUCUGGAGGACUCCCUGUACAAGGCUGCGGGCGGCGGCGGCGGCCCGCUGUACGGCGACGGCUACGGCUUCCGCCUGCCGCCCUCGUCACCGCAGAAGCUGGCCGACGUGGCAGGGCCCCCCGGAGGCCCCCCGCCGCCGCACAGCCCCUACUCGGGGCCGCCCAGCCGCGGCUCGCCAGUGCGCCAGUCCUUCCGCAAGGACUCGGGCUCCUCGUCCGUCUUCGCCGAGAGUCCUGGAGGGAAGACCCGCAGCGCGGGGAGCGCCUCGACGGCCGGAGCUCCCCCUUCGGAGCUCUUCCCUGGGCCUGGGGAGCGCUCGCUGGUUGGGUUCGGGCCGCCAGUGCCAGCCAAGGACACGGAGACCAGGGAGCGCAUGGAGGCUAUGGAGAAGCAGAUUGCCAGCCUCACAGGCCUGGUGCAGAGCGCCUUACUGCGAGGCUCUGAGCCUGAGACCCCCAGUGAGAAGAUUGAAGGCUCCAACGGAGCAGCUACCCCCUCAGCACCCUGUGGGUCAGGCGGCCGGAGCAGCGGGGCCACCCCCGUGUCCGGCCCGCCCCCGCCCUCGGCCAGCAGCACCCAGGCAGGGCAGCCUACCGCCGUUAGCCGGCUGCAGAUGCAGCUUCACCUGCGAGGCCUGCAGAACAGCGCCAGUGACUUGCGCGGCCAGCUCCAGCAGUUGCGCAAGCUCCAGCUACAGAACCAGGAGUCGGUGCGCGCGCUGCUGAAGCGCACGGAGGCAGAGCUGAGCAUGCGCGUGUCGGAGGCGGCGCGGCGGCAGGAGGACCCGCUGCAGCGGCAGCGCACCCUGGUGGAGGAGGAGCGGCUGCGCUAUCUCAACGACGAGGAGCUUAUUACCCAGCAGCUCAAUGACCUGGAGAAAUCGGUGGAGAAGAUCCAGAGGGACGUGUCCCACAACCACCGGCUGGUUCCUGGCCCCGAACUGGAGGAGAAGGCACUGCUGCUGAAGCAGCUGGGGGAGACGCUGACGGAGCUCAAGGCUCACUUCCCGGGCCUGCAGAGCAAGAUGCGGGUGGUGCUGCGCGUGGAGGUGGAGGCGGUGAAGUUCCUGAAGGAGGAGCCCCAGCGCCUGGAUGGGCUCCUCAAGCGCUGCCGCGGGGUCACGGACACACUGGCCCAGAUCCGAAGGCAAGUGGAUGAGGGUGUGUGGCCACCCCCCAACAGUCUCCUGAGUCAGUCCCCAAAGAAGGUGACGGCAGAGACUGACUUCAACAAGAGCGUAGACUUCGAAAUGCCACCCCCCAGCCCCCCGCUGAACCUGCACGAGCUGAGCGGACCAGCUGAAGGAGCCUCUCUUACCCCUAAGGGGAGCAACCCCACCAAAGGCUUGGACACUCCUGGCAAGAGAAGUGUGGACAAGGCUGUGUCUGUCGAGGCUGCAGAGCGAGACUGGGAGGAGAAGCGGGCAGCCCUGACCCAGUAUAGUGCCAAGGACAUCAACCGGCUGCUGGAAGAGACACAGGCAGAGCUGCUCAAGGCCAUCCCUGACCUGGACUGUGCCAGCAAGGCCCAUCCAGGCCCGGCUCCCACUCCAGACCACAAGCCCCCCAAGGCCUCCCAUGGCCAGAAGGCAGCGCCCCGAACGGAGCCCAGCGGGAGGAGGGGCUCAGAUGAGUUGACAGUGCCCCGAUACCGCACAGAGAAGCCCUCCAAGUCACCCCCGCCGCCCCCUCCCCGCCGGAGCUUCCCCUCCUCCCACGGCCUGACCACCACACGCACUGGAGAGGUGGUGGUCACCAGCAAGAAGGACUCAGCCUUCAUCAAGAAGGCCGAGUCCGAGGAGUUGGAGGUGCAGAAGCCCCAGGUGAAGCUGCGCCGGGCCGUGUCGGAGGUGGCCCGCCCAGCCUCCACACCACCCAUCAUGGCCUCGGCCAUCAAGGAUGAGGAUGACGAGGAUCGCAUCAUUGCAGAGCUAGAGAGUGGCGGAGGCAGCGUACCGCCCAUGAAGGUGGUGACUCCGGGGGCCUCUCGGCUGAAGGCGGCCCAGGGCCAGGUGGGCAGCCCCGACAAAAGCAAACAUGGCAAGCAGAGGGCCGAGUACAUGCGGAUCCAGGCCCAGCAGCAGAUCUAAUGAGCAGGCGCGGGGGCUGUGUGGAGAGUAGACACACCUCACCCGUGGGUGUUUAUUGCCCAUGUGGUCUGGUCAGAGGCUGCAGGGUGGCUCCUGGACCUAGAUAUUGUGAGAGACCCUUAGUGCACUCGUUUGAUUCGGUGAAUAUUUAUGAGCAGCUCCCGUAUGACAGGCCCAUUCUGGGUGUGAGGGUGGGGGCUGUGAUGUGUCCAGGUGCUCUCACUUAAAGAAGGUUCUAGACUCAGAAGCAAGAUGUUAGAGAAGGUUCUAGACUCAGAGGCAAGAGGUUAGAGAUGGGUGAGUCCAUCUCUUUUUCAGAUGAGGGGACAGCUCAGAGAAGGAGAGGGGCCUCCCAAAGGUGCACAGCAAGGUGGCAUCACAGCCAGGAUCGGAACCGUGGGACCCAGGCCCUGGGCACCUUGGGUCCCUGCCUCCCUACUGGCUCCCAGGAGAAUCUCUCAAAAAGCAUCCCUCCGGCACCUCGAAGCCUAUCCACAGCUCCCCAACUGCCUCCUCAUGGCCCCCAGACAUUCUGCGAGCCUCAUCUCCCGUUGUUUUUCCUGCCACUGCCAGGGAUGAGUUCCCCUUGUCCUGUCCAGGCUGGACCCUCCUGGGUGCCCAGCAGAGCAGCUGACAUUGACAGAGCUUUCACUGGGGCCAGGCACACGCAUUAUCUCAUCUCACACUCACCACACUGAGGAAGGUCUAUUACCCCCCUAUGGCAGGUGGGGAAACAGGCUUAACCCAAGGCCACAUGGCUGGCAAGUGGGGGGCAGGACACAAGUCCAGACUGCCUCCCUCCCUACCACAAAGUGCUUCAGCCUCUCCAGCAGGCCCUUCCCUUGGCUCUAAUUAUGCUCCACUGUUUCCCACCCUAGUUCCUCGCUCCCCAGAGCCCAGCUCCUCGGCUGUGGUGUCAGCCUCACGCCUUUAUGGCCCAGCCUCCACCCCAUCUCCGGGCUUGCCUGGGUCUCCAGUGGUGUCCAGAUGGGCUCUUUUCACCCCGCUCCCCCACUGCUCUGCAGCCUGUGGCCUUGUAGACCCCCCACACCUGCAUAGGGCUGUGCAGACCCUCUGUUCCACAGAAUCCUCUCUCCAGCCUCCACCCCGAGCUUCCGGGCUCCUUUCUGAGCAACUCCCUCUUUUUUUGAGACGGAGUCUUGCUCUGUCACCCAGGCUGGAGUCCAAUGGUGUGAUCUCCGCUUACUGCAGCCUCGGCCUCCUGGGUUCAAGUGAUUCUUGUGCCUUAGCCUCCCAAGCACCUGGGACUACAGGCUACCUUACCACACUGGCUAAUUUUUGUAUUUUUAGUAGAGACGGGGUUUCACCAUGUUGGCCAGGUUGGUCUCAAACUCCUGAGCUCAGGUGAUCCUCCCACCUCGGCCUCCCAAAGUGCUGGGAUUAUAGGCGUGAGCCAUCGCACCCUGCCUGGGCGACUCGCCUUUGCCCGCCUCUUCCCUUUCCUGUGCCCCAUUCCUCAGCCUCUUCUCCUCACACCAUGCCUUUCUCUCCUCAGGCACCAGGCACUGCUUAGUCCCUGCCCCCACCCGCAUCUCCAUUCUGAGCUCCAGUCACCCACACACGCUUCCCCGGGCGUCCCCAGGCUCCUCGCAAGUGUGCAUCCAGACACAAUGCUCCCCCGAUCCUGCCGCCCCAGCCUGUACUAGGCUGCCCCAGCUGCUGUCCCCAUCAGGAAGGGUCGCCCACACCCAGCCUUCCUAAGCCCCUCUGUGCCCCUGUCUCACUUCCAGUGCUCCAGUAGCCUUUCUUACAAACAUGGCUUCUUUCUGGUAAAGUAAUACAUGUUU